UGUGUGAGCAAUAAAUCCGUCGAUCUCUUAUUGGUAUUGGACGGUUCUGGAUCUAUCGGCGAUGACACCUUCCGAAACCAGGAAAGGGAAAAUGGGGAGAAAGCAAGUGACGAGAAUGAGAAGGUGAUAGCUUUUGCUAUGCACUUGGCACAACGGAUGAACAUUUCGAGCGAAGGCAGUCGUAAUGGCCAUCAUUCAAUAUGCCGAGACGCCUCGACUCGAGUUCGCCCUCAAUCAGUACACCCAUCCAACGCAGGUUCGUUC